CGAUGGGUCAAUUGGCCCCGGGGGAUGGGAGGAGGCGCUUCCAGUCUGCCUGAACUUGGCCGACCCUCGCGGCAUCUUCCUGGCACCUCACGGGCCACGAUCUUGAGGGAGAGUCCCUGGCUAAAGUGUUUGUGACUUCUGACUGAAGAUGACCUUUCGGGGCCAUCGCAGCCCCCACGAGCACCUUCAAAAGAUGGUGAGGCCUCCAGGAACUUUGGCUCAUCCUGAGGCCAGCCCUCCAGCCCUGAACUACCAGGAGGUUCUGGAUCAACUCAAGCAGCAGUUCCCCAGGUUCCCCACUCACUUGACAUCACAGAUGAACAGCGCUUACUACCUGUUCCAGAAGAUCCGGCAGGGGCUCCAGGAACAUCACAAGCAGGCAGAGAACUUCUUACAGAUGAUGGAGACCUGUAGCCAAUCCUUGGGCUUCCAGCUGGGGAAGCACCAGGGGAACCAGGACUCCCAGCACCCAGGGCCCGAGACCCUGCAGCCCUCCAGUCUCCAGAGGCCAAACUUCGAAGACAUUAUGGCCACAAGGUCAUCCGACUGGCCCCAGCAGACCCCUGGAGAAGACAAGGACACAGUCCACCAGCUAGACACGUGGCCAUCCUGGGACACUGAGCCCCGGUUUUGGCAGGAUGUUCUGAUGGAACUACUCUGGCGGAUGUUUGCCUUGACUCACGAUCAGGGGGAGUACCCAAGAUGCAUGAUGACCGAACAGGCAACAGACCUGGAAAGCCAGGACCCAGGACCACGACACUUGAGAGUGGAAGUGCUUCCCAAGGCCUCUUUGGGUAAUCCCGUGGGAGGAGGGCAGCCCACUUUGGGGGUGGGGGAGGGGCCAUGCCCACCAUCAAUCCACUCUUGUAUCUGCCCAGUUUUCAGCUCUGCCAGGCCCUCCUCCAGCAUCUCUGAGGACACCCAAAAAGGGAGCUCAGGACUGGGCACUACAGCAGGAGGGGUGUUCUCCCACAAGGCCCAGGAGCUUGCUGGGAAAGCCCAUCAGUUUCUGAAGCCUAUAUGCUGGGACCCCGAGGACUUUGAAGACACAUGGAAUAGGCCUGACAUCUUGCCCUGGCAAUCCAAGAAGCUGGCCAUCCCACACCGAGUGGAGAAGAUGCGGAGGCUAGAUCAUGGGGAGCCUGUGCUGGCCACGGCCAUCAGCAGCUUCACGCGGCAUGCCUUCACCUGCGGCAGGGGUGGUGUCAAGGUGUGGAGCCUGGUCGGCCAGGUGGCAGAGGCCACGUUUCCAGAGAGCUACCUGCGUGUCCAGACCCAGGGGGCCUACCUGCGCACCUGCUUGCUGAUGUCGAAUAGCACCACCCUGCUGACGGGCGGCCACAACCUGGCCGGCGUGAGCCUGUGGGACCUGACAGCACCCUCCCUGCACGUGAGAGCAGAGCUGCCCUGUACGGGCCUCACCUGCCAGGCCCUGGCCGCGAGCCCUGAGGACAGCCUGGCCUUUGCCAGCUUCACCAACGGCACCAUCAGGAUCUGGGACCUUCGGAACCAAAGCGUGGUCAGGGACCUGCCAGGAUACCUGAACGGAGCCAGGAGCAUUGCUGUCAAAGACCAGACCAUCUGGACUGGGGGUCUGGAUGCCUACCUGCGGUGCUGGGACCUGAGGACUGCUGGGGAGCCCCAGGAAUACCAGUUCGAGUCUCAGAUAAUGAGCCUAUCCCCCAGCCCCCAGGAGGAGUGGGUGCUGGUGGGCACAGCCAAUGGCCAGCAGUGGCUGCAGCCCACCCUUGGGGGCCAGAAGCACAUGGCGGGGUGUAAGGACGCCACCAUCCUUGGUCUCAAGUUCUCCCCACUUGGCCAGUGGUGGGUGACUGUGGGCACAGACAACCUGGUCAGCAUCUACAGCAGGCACACAGGGACCGCAGUGGUCCAGGUUCCUGAGUCAUCCUCCAUCAUGUGCUGUGAUGUAUCCGCCAGCAACCGCCUGAUCAUCACGGGGUCCAGGGAGCACGCCUCAGUGUACCAGAUCAUGUACUGAGGCCUUGCCAG